CUUAGUACUUACUUAAUAAAUUAUAUCAGGGUCUCAUUCGUAUGUGAUGGUUUCGCUGAGAUAGACGUGCUGUGAUUCAAUAAAAUGUUACAUAUUAAGUGUUGCUUUGUGUUAUUAUGUGUCCACAUUAUAUUCUCUUCUGGGCAACCUCGAAUGAAGUUCUUUCGUAAGGACUAUCAUUUUAUAGAGUCGACGGGCAGUUUUUAUAAAAUACAAACGAUACACAAAAAUUGGGACAAAGCGAAAGAAAAAUGCGAAAUGGAGGGAGCUACACUAUUUUAUCCUGAUGAUGAUGAUGAAGCCGAAGCAGUGCUGUCGUUCUGGAAUGAAACGCAACCUUUUUCGUGGGUUUUUAUUGGUGUCUCCGCCCUAAACGUUCCCGAAGUUUUUGAAACUGUUGAUGGUAUUCCUAUAGCCGAAGUGUAUGACAGAUGGGGUCCAGGCGAACCCAAUAAUGCGGGUGGUAAAGAAAGCUGUGUUAUAUUGCGUAGAGACGGCACUCUCAACGACGACCAGUGCAGUAGAUCCUACCCUUAUAUUUGCAAGAAGACUUUGGGAUCUCUUGAAUGGAACAACGUGUGUGACAUACCUGAUACCAAAUAUGAAUACAGUGAAAAGCUGGGCAGAUGUUAUAAGUUCCAUUCGACUCCCAUGAACUGGACUGAGGCGUAUGUCGUCUGCAGCGCAGAACAGUCAUAUUUAGCCAUCAUAGAUAGUCAAGAAGAAGCUGAUUAUUUAGCAAACAUAACAAAUAAUGCUAAUAAAGAUGUAGGCGGCGAUUUCCUGAGAGGCGCCGUACAUUUAGGUUUUGUUCAAAGAAAUGAGUGGCGAUCAAUAAAAGGGAUGCCAUUCAAAUCUCUGGGAUACACCAGAUGGGGAAAUGGCCAGCCAGAUGGCGGGGAGAGAGAAAAGUGUGGAUCAAUGUUCUAUAACGGCAAACUAAAUGACAUAAACUGUAAUGUAAAAUGUUUCUUCAUAUGCGAGCAUGAAAUAUCCUUCCUCGAAUCUGCGAUCAAUCCGAGGAAGUGAUGGCGGCCGUUAGAUCGAUGAAAUAAUAUAUCGUCAAAUAUGUCGGGAAGUAAUGCUUUCCCGAAUGUGAUAUCUACGUUCCAUAUCAUUACACAUAUCCAAAUAAAUACUGUAAGAUCUCUAUUUUAUAUUGAAAUAAAUUAUUGAAGUU